UUAACUCAUCAAUAGAACACAACAAUACGAGAAGGUUCUAUCUGAACGGACGUAAUUGUUUUUUGUUUUUUCUGUUCCUUCUUCUCUUAACGUGAGCCGAUUUCGCUAACUUGCGCCAUGAGCUUACUUGACAAGCUAUGGGAUGACACUGUUGCCGGUCCCAGGCCAGAUAGUGGCCUGGGAAAACUCCGGAAGUAUUCUACUUUUAGCCCCCGUUCAUCAAAUUCCGGCAAGGAAUCAGAAGUUUCUACACCGAGAUCCUUCACUGAUGAAGCAAGUGAGGACGCGGUGAAAGUGACAAGAAGUAUAAUGAUAGUAAAGCCAUCUGGCAGUCAGAAUAGAGACUCACCUCCCGUUUCUCCUGCCGGUACUACACCUCCGGUAUCUCCUUUUGCCGGUUCGGCAGGGAGAGACGCAUAUCGGUUCCGCAGGCGAUCAGCAUCAUUCGCAUACGAGAAUGCCAAUGGGGUUGGACCCAGAAGCCCUCGUCCUCCUUACGACCUGUGAGAUAUAGUCGGGUUUUUGUUUUUUGUUACCCCUCUUGAGGCAGCUGAAUGUAAUCGACAUCCUUGACAUGUUCCUAGUUGAGAAUGUUGUUUGUGUGGUCUUGUAACAGGUGGUGUGGAGUGUGCUUAAUUUUGUAUAUAGUGUUAGUGGUGUUUAUGUUGUGACGAAGGUUUAGCAUAAGCUGUAAGCAGUGAAGUUCGUCAUGUAGUCUGCUUUGUAUCCGAGGUUUCCUUUUUAAUGCUAUUAUUAUGUUUUUCUUGUCCUGGA